AUGGAUCAAUACGAGGAGUUUUUCGAGUACACCACCCGAAACCCUCUCAAUCAAAUACUUGCUCAUCAUAGAUCGAGUUCAAACAAUCAACUUGGAUCAAUGCGAGAUGUGAAAUUCAUAUUAAAUGAUCUUCAGAUUCAUAUCAUGGGAUACCUUCAAUUCACAGAGAGUCAUGCCAUAACAUCUCUAGUUGGAAAUCUGCACAAUUUACAAUCUAAAAUAUACAAAGAAGAAAUUCAGCUAUGUGAAUUUGAGCGCUUGAUCUAUUUGGUCAAAUUUGGAAGCGACCGUGAUAUCUGGUAUCAUACUAUGCAAAUUUCCGAUAUACUCACCCGCGAAGUUGCUCCAAUACUUCCAGAUUUGCAAAUUCCGUUAACGCAAGAGAGGAGAUCGACGACUACCAUAUUGCGGAGCGUCUCGGAAACAAUAGGCUAUGACGAUACUAGAGGCUCCCUCAUAGAGGCACUCAAAGCCGAGCUCACUGGCUAUACUUACAAAUCCGUUGAUAAAUUCUGGGAGAGAUAUUGCGAUGAAGGUCAAUGUGGAAAUAGUCAUGUCUUCAGCGAAAACAUGGACGAAAAAGCAAUGAUAAGAUGGCUCAAAUCUUUUUACAAGACUUAUUUAAGACCAUUAAAGGCCCCACAAUCAAGUUUAAAUGAAAAUUCUUUAUUUCGAACCCCUAAUGGAACUUUUGUUCGUGGGAAAUUUUCUUUUACAUCUUGCACAUCACAGUUUCUCGGCGGACGAAGUCCACGGAAGAUGGAUGUAUUUAUUGAGCAUUCAGACAUCCCAAAAGAUUGGUUUCACAAGUGGGAGGACGUAAGGGUGAUUGGCGAGGUCACUAAAUCAGCAGAAAAAAAAAAAGAAAAGUUUUAUCAGCUAACAAUGUACGUCCGCGAAGUUUUUUAUGCGCAGCCACUGCGUCGAUUCGUCCAUGGAUUUUGCUUGCACAAGAGGCAAAUAUUAUUGUGGAUUAUUGACAGGUCCGGCGCAUACAGUUCUAGUGCAUUCAACGUGAUCGCAGACCAAGAAAAAUUGGUUCGAGCUCUUUUGUCCUACAUGCUAAUGAGUGACGAAGAGCUUGGCCUAGACACCACAAUCCGACAAUACAAUGGACGGUCCUUUGUCAAAAUUCGAGAUGGUGAUUUGACUCUGGAAAGAUGGGUCGAGAUCAAUCCGGUGCCAGUAACUCGACCGGAGGCCGUAAUGGCACGAGGUAACACCUGUUAUCUGACAAUGGACAUGAUGUAUUUGAUCAAGUUUUCAUGGGGCUCGGGCGCGAUACAGUCAGAGAUUGAUUUUUUAAAAUGCGCACGUCCGGUGUACGGCGUAGUUGAUCUGGUAUGGGCUGAAGAAAUAUAUCAGGUUCAGGCCCACCGAGCAGGGCUAGACUUUUCUACUGGAAAAAGAUGGGACAUUGGACAAAGGAACUGGCUUUCUAUUGGCGCAGGGGAGAUACCAGAGGAGUAUUUCAAGAAACGGAAACUUACUCUCGCCGUACUUUCACCUUACGGUCGACCAUUCAAGUCUUGCACGUCGCUUUGGGAGUUCGUGAGCGGCAUGCUUGAUGCCAUACUUGGGCAUCGGAAUCUAUACCUUUCCAAGAAUAUUCUUCAUGGCAAUAUUUCUGAAAGUAACAUCAUUUUGACACAUCCAAAUGAACAUAGUUUAAGCAAAGGAAAGCUCAUCGACCUAGACAUGUCUAUUAAUGUUGCCGGGUACAAUGAGACGAAGAGCUUGACAGGCACCAUGAAAUUUAUGGCGAUAAGGAUUUUGAAAAACUUUGCUUUAAAAAAGAGUACAAUAGUAAAGACCUACCGUCACGAUCUAGAGUCAUUUUUUUACGUCUUUCUUGUGGGAUGUGUCUGUUACGGACGUGAUACGAACUCGCAUGAAAAGCACUUCGAUAAUUGGUGUUCAAGUAUAACCAUCAUUAAUCAAGCUUUGAAGAUGGGAGACGUUUCGGAAAACUUUCAAGAGAGAAUAAUAGAUGAAUUUUCGCCGUGCUUCAACGGACUCAAAGGAUUGGCUUUCGAGUUGCGUCAUAUCAUAUUCAGAAAUGAUUGUAAUUUCUUCGACACACCUAGAGACAGUGCAGUACUAUACGAACCCAUAAUUGCUGCAUUCCUUAAUACCAUCGAAAAAAUUAAUAGUAAGUAUUUCUCCCAUUCAUAUCAAACAAAUGUUCCCCUUGAACUCUAG